AUGGAUGGUCGACCUUCCCGUCAGCUUCCCCGCGUCCUUUCCUCGACGAAAGAAGUACCUCCUAGCGAUAGCGGCCAUGGACAUGGUGACGCUACGGUGACCAACAACAGCGUCUACAGUCCAGACGAGAUUCACAGAGCCAACAAGAGGGUUCUUUUGAAGACGGACCUCACAGUCUUGCCUCUGAUGUGCGUCAUCAUCAUGCUUCAAUACCUCGACAAGGCCAUUCUCUCGUAUGCGGCCUUGCUCGGCCUCACGCAGGAUCUCCAGCUCAUCAGCAACGAGUACUCGUGGGCUGCCUCCAUCUACUACUUCGGCAUGCUCGCUGGUUUGCCCAUCUGGUGGCUCUUGCUGCAGCGCGUCAGUCUAGCAGCCGUCGUCGGAGGAGCCGUGUCCAUCUGGGGAGCUGUCGCUAUGUGCCACGCCGCUUGCCACGACUACAGCGGCAUUCUCGCUGCAAGAUUCUUCCUCGGCUUCUUCGAGGCAGCCAUCGUACCGGCCUUCAUCAUUCUCGUCGGCCGCGCCUACACCAAGAAGGAAACAAUCAGCCGCACCGCCAUUUGGUACUCGUUCAACGGCGUGGCCCUUAUCAUUGGCGGCGGUGUGUCGCAUGGUCUGCUCACGAGUCGCUCAGCUGCCACAGCUUCCGUUGCCAUCUGGCGUCAGCUCUACCUCAUUCUCGGCGGCAUCACCAUCUUUGUUGGCCUCCUUGCCGCCUUUGUUGUGCCGCUGGAUCCGACGCGAUCCCGCCUUUAUACUGAGCGCGAGCGCAUCGCCGCCCCUUACCGUGAUACCCAUCUAGCCGCAAGCAACAUCGCUCAAGAGACUCACGACUAUCGACGCAUGCUCAAAGACGCUGCAGAGGCUCUCCUUGAUCCACGCCUCUAUAUCAUCUUCCUUGGUCUCACCUUGGGCUCCAUUCCCAAUGGAGGUGUCACGGCCUACUCUCUGCAGCUCAUCUCUGGCUUCGGCUUCCCAGUGGGACAAUCUCUGCUCCUCACUCUGGCUCCUGGAGGCUGUCAAGUCGUAUCCGUCAUCACCUUCAUCGGUGUCGCCCUCUUCACCCGCUCUCGUGCGAUUGGUGGCAUUGUACUACUCGCAGUAGCUAUCGUCGGCGCUGCCCUCAUGUACUCGGCAACGGUAGGCAAGGCGGUCCACAUGGUUGGCUAUACACUCUUGAACUUUGGCUCACCGGCCGUUGUAGCCCUGUACAGCUUCAACUCAGCCGCCGUAGGCUCGCAUGGCAAGCGUGUCGUCUUCGCCGUUGUGGCUCAAGUCGCCUACGCAGCAGGCAACAUCAUCGGACCUCUGACCUUCCUCGCUCAAGAGACGCCAGUCUAUCGCACAGCCAAGAUCAUCAUCAUUGCGACCCUCUGUGGCGCUGCACUCUCUUUGGCUCUCAUCUACGGUAUUCACACCUUCUGGAACAUGCAGCGAGACAAGGCUGGAUACCCUGCCGCCGUUGAGGUUCAAAGCGGACAAAGCAAGAAUCAGAUCAAGGAGACAGCCACGCCAGAAGAGAGCGGCAUCGUACAAGGCGGUGCCGCGAGUGAGCUGCAACACGAGCCCACCGAUUUCAAGGACAAAACAUUCCGCUACGUGCUGUAA